ACGUUAGACAUGGUAGUACGGCACGAAUAGAUGGAAUUGGAAAAAAAUUUUGGGAAAUCGAAUGUCGCACAGAUCUGACUUAUCAGUCUCAUGCUUUUAAACUUCGAGAAUACGCCAAUCUCGGAAUUCCACAAUCAC